ACCCAACUCCUUCAGAUUGUCAACAACAAAAAUGCAGCUCUGUACAGCCGCUCCCCAAGUUAUCUCCAACCUCCCUAGCCACGGCCACCGCUGCCACAACCGCCAUCUCAUCACAGACUCCACCACCAACCUCAGCUCGAAACCCUCACUCGUUCACAGACAAAUCCCAUUCUCACUCAACUCUUUCCGGCUUCACUCUCGAUUGCUUUUGGCGAGAGCAGCAAAAUCAGAAGAAACUCCAAGUGGGCCCAAUCCUUAUGCUACCGAAGAGCGCAGCGGCGGCGUAGUCUUGGAGGAUGUUGUGCCCCCUGAAAAGAAUCUGUACAAUCAAACUUGGACUGAAGAAGAAGCUAAAGAAGAUGCAAAUGCGGACGCGGAUGGCCAAAUACAGAUAUUCGAUUAUUUCAGUAACCUCGACUUAAAGUUGGAUAGUGAGGAUACAUACAGCCUUUUGCUAUACGGUGGUGGUGCCUUGUUUGCCCUGUGGUUAGCAUCAGCUGUUGUUGGAGCUAUUGAUUCUAUUCCGUUGUUCCCGAAGUUGCUGGAAGUCGUUGGUCUUGGAUACACCGUCUGGUUUAGCUCUCGUUAUCUGAUAUUCAAGAAAAACAGAGAUGAGUUGGUUGCUAAAGUUCAAGUCCUUAAACAGCAGGUUCUGGGUUCGGACGAUGACUGAUAUGGAGGACUUGUUACGUUGUGCAGAUUGUUGCUGCAUAAAACCAUGAAUGUAGAGUUGAAGGAAAAAUAUAUAGGGAUUUCUUUUAGCCAAUAUUAGGAAUAGUCCACUUUAUUAAUAUAAGUUCAAUCUCUUAAGUUAGGGAUCAUUUUAUUAUCAGAUAAGGUUUACAGUAAAAAUUAAAUUUCUUCUUAAUUAUCUCGUUGAUUAUUUCUUUCA